CUCUAUGCUACUACGGUCAUGGUCGAAAUGAGUAUUAUCAUUUAUCCGCCAUGCUGUUUUUAACGGAAUUUUAUUGUUACUUAUACGUUGUAUUUAAAAGUGUUCAGUGAAGUGUAGAAUUGUGUGAAGUGUGAACAAUUUCAUAAUAAUUGAGGUUUUUCAAUUUGAACAUUUUCAAUAAUUACCUGUAGUUUAUCAUCUAUAUCAACGAAAAAAUUAACUUAAAUCGUAAAGCUAUUGGAUACAUUAUUUUAUUCAGGAUGAGUGAAGAAGAGCCCAAAGAGAUUUUAGAUGAGUAUGAUGAUGGUAUUGUAUGCUUUGGUCCUGUAUUGACUGAAAGUCAACUUGAGAGGUUUAAAAGAUUACCACGUCAUACUGUAGUACCUUCAGACUUAAAGUUGAGUCAAUCUUUUUGUAUUGAUACAAAUGUACACGAAAUUGAAGACAAUGAUAAAUCUGUAUUGGGUAAAAUACAAAAAAAUACAGCAGUUCAUAACAAUGAUUCAGCUAAUACAACUCUGAUGACAAAUAAUAUGAUAGAAGAUGAAAUUAAAUGUUGUAAAGAUAAUUCUUCAAUAUUUUCCUCACCUUGUGCUUCUGAAAUUAUAUCAAAAGAAAAGUUAAUGAAUACAGAAGAAUUAGAAAGAAUUAGAAAGGAAUCAAUAUCAUUAAAUGAUGAAUAUUUUUCGGAAGGUCAAAAUAAUUCUACAUUUAAAGUUCAAGCUGUUAGUUACAAUGAUGGUCAACAUAUAGAGUUAUUAGAAAAUAAUUCUAUUUGUAAUGUCACUGAUUUGUGCAAUCAAGUAUGUGUUCCUGAUAUAAUCAAACAAAAUAUAAGUGAUGAGCAAAUUAGUACUCCUGAUAUGGCUGUAAACAUAUGUACAUUAAUACCUUUUGGUCAGGUAGAAAAUAAAGAUUUAAGUUAUUACGAUGACUCAGUUCUUGAAGAUGUUUGCAAUGAUGAUUCACUUGUAUCUGAUGAAUAUUAUAUAACACCUGGAAAACAACGAAUAUUUGAUAUGCGCCACACUAAUCCAUCAAUUCGUUCUAAAACUAUUGUAUCAUCUGCCCCAUCGAUGGAUAGGAUUAAAGAAAAUACAACUCCUGUUUUGCCUAACAUUCUUAAUACUUCUUCAAUCACUAUUAUUGAUGAUAAUUAUUCAUCAUCUGUAGGUGAAGAAAAUCUAAAUGCAUCAGAUACUAGUAAAAUAAUUAACAAUUUAUCUACAAUUGAUUUUAAUAAUACUAGUGAAAACAAAUUAGAAUCUACAAUGGUUGUUAUCGAAACAAAUAAAAAAAAUUCAAGUUAUUUAAUGGACUAUGACACUAUGAAUACUUUUUCAAGUAUAGAAAAUUUGUAUCAUACUGCAUCUGAUGAAGUUUUGAAAAAUGAUAAGCAUGAUACUCAACAUUCUAAUGUAGAUGUUAAAGUAAUGCCUGCUGAUGAAAGUAUUUACAUAGAAAAAGAAUCGGCUUAUUCUAACAAUAAGCUAUUGGAUACACCGUUAGAAUCUGUAAAAAAUGAUUUAAUUAAAGUUGAUUUUGAUAAUGCUUUAAAUAUUGUUUCUGAGAUAAAUGUUAAUGGUGAUAAUGAUAAUGAAAAAUCACUGGACUCUUUGAAUGUAAAAAAAUAUUCAAAUGAUUCUAGUGUUCUAAAUUCAACAUAUGGUGAUGCAUAUGAUAAAAAACUUUUUACAAACAAUUAUAAUGAACCAUUAAAAGAAAUCAGUCAAAUUCAAGAUCUUUCAAAUAUCAAUAAAAUAUGUGAUGAAGAAAAAUCCAUGGAUAUUAUGUCUGAUACAACUAUUAAUGAAACAUUACAAACAAAUGAAUUUAAUAUUAAUAAUAGUUUAAAAAAUUUUACCAAAUUAGAUAAUUCUUAUUUGGAUACAACUGAACAUAAUUAUUCAAAUGCAGUACCUACAGCUUUGGAAAGCACAUCACUUAACAUAAAACAACAUUUAGACAUUGAACCAGUCUUAUAUAAAAUGUCCUUUAAUAAUUCUUUAACAUGCUGUGAUGAUACCAAAAUAAAUAAAUAUGAUAAUAAUGAUGUAACUCAAGAAAAUAAAUUAAAACACAUACAUUGUUCUGAUGUCUCAAUGAACUCUGUAGAAAACAAGGAAAUUUCUAUUGCUGAUUAUGGUCCAAUAGAAUCGAAUUUGUCUGUUAUAAUUGAAAAUCGAACCUUGGAAGAAAGUGCAUGUAAUGAUAUAGAAAAAAAUAAUGAAGUAUCUAAUAAAUUAUCAAUUCAAAAUGGAAAUAUUUCAAGUACAAAUUUAGUUUUGGAUGAUGAUAAAAACUUUGAUCAAAAAGAUGUAGCAGAGAUUUCUAAUUUUGACAAUGUAGAAUUGAAUACAGAACCAAAAACUCCUAACCAAGAACAAAAUUUACUUAAUAAUUACGUUCAACAAUCAAAUUUAUUGAAUGUAUCUAAAAAUAGUUUAGAAAAUUAUAAUGGAAUGGAGAAUCUCUUCGAUUUUGAGACUGAAAAAAAAGUACAGCAAUUUGAGACUAAUACUCCCAAAGUACAGAAACUGUUGGAUUUUAGUUUUGUACAACCAACACUCAAUGAUAGAAAUCAAUCAAACAAACAAAAGCUUUUAAAUUUUAGUAUUGUUGAACAAACACCAGUUUCUAAAAGUAUUCCAGGAACGAUUUCAAAUAAAACAUUGAAUAACAAAAAUACUUUAAUUGAUUUUAGUUCAGUAGAUCAAAUGCAAGAAUUUGAUGAAACAGUUUCUGAAAAUAGUGAUAUUUUUAAAAAAGAAUUAAAAAGUUCUUUCAAUGAUAAUUUUUUAAAUAAUCUCUCUACUGUUUCAGCUCCUGAUUUUGAAUGUUUUAUGGAUGAGUCUAUAAAAACUAAUUUAUCUGAUCAAAGUCAUUUUACUAUGUUAAAUAAUGUUACUGAUACUGAUUUAAAUCAAUCAAUAUAUUCUGAUGAAAUGUGUCAACCCAAAAUGGAAGCUAAUCAGAGUACAGGAGAGAUAUUUGAUUCAAAAUCUUUAGAUGACAAUAAUUGUUCAAUUAUAAAAGAUAAGCUCUCAAAUUCUUUAGAUACAACUGUAGGACAAAUUGAGAAUUUGGAAUUAACUGGUACAACUGAAAAAAUUGAACCCAGAACAAAAUAUUUACCUACUGUUCCUGCAAAAAAAAAUGAUGAAAAUAUUAAUUCCUCUAUAGUGAAUUCAAACCAAAAAUUAAGUUUAAAUUCCAAAGAAUGUGUUAUUGUGGAUUUCAGUAUUAUUGAACAGACAAUGACACAGACACCUGAUUUAAAUACAUAUAUAAAUAUUAAACCUGAUGAAAAUGUUACUAAUUUUAUUGAUAUGUCAAUGGCUAAUACUACAUCAAAUGGACAAGUAUUUCCUUCAUCUAAAAACUCUGUUAUUAAUGUAAACCCUGAUAAUAAAACAGAAAACUCUUUGAAUAACGAUGCAGAUGAAAUUAAUAAAAUGACAAUUUAUCUAAGAGAAUCUAAAAAAAAUUUCAAUGAUACAUUAUUGACUGAUAUUCAGAUGGACAAUGUAUCAUUUUUGAUGGAAUCACAAAAAAAGAGUUCAAGUAAUGAGUCUUUUCAUAGUAUUGAAUUUAAUAAUGCGGAUGAAGAUAAUAAAAGAAAAAUGCCAGUUCAGGAAUUGUGCAGUAUUGAAAAGAAGAUGAAAUUUGAAAGUGAAGAAUUAAAAACUCCAGUGUCAAUGAUUUACAAAAUUAAAAAUAUGUUCAGAAGCAGUGAAAAACCAGCAAAUUAUCCAAGUAAUACUAAGUCAAGUGAAUUUAAAUCACAUAAAUGCUACCAUGAAAUGAGUGACUUAGAAAAUAAAUAUAACUUUACUAAUUUAGCUAGUUUGAAAAAGUCUGAAGUAUUGGCAAAAAGUAAAAUACCAUGUAUAGUAACAGACAAAUCAGCUAUGAAAAAUGAUGGAUUAAACAGUUCAUCAUUAUUAAAUGAUAGCAUCAAGCCAAAAAGAGUAAUACCCAAGUAUUUAGGAGUUCCUGUAUUAUCUGAUGUAUCUAAUUCAUCAAACAGGAAAUGCUCAGAAAGUCGUAUACCAUCUAAAUUUAAAAAAUAAAUGUUACUAAAAUAAUAAAAUUAUAUUAAGCUGGAUAUUAUGACUUAUUAUGUAAGAAAUCUUGCAAAAUGUAAUUAUAUUCAUACAUUUUAAGUGUUUAUUUCUGAUCACCUUAGUUUCAUAU